AAUAUAUAUUUUAUUCUUAUAAACCGAUUGGUAGAUUCGACAGUUUUGUUUUCAGUUUUGACAAGCUUUAGUAAGAAUUAAAGGACAAUUAAAAGUCGUCUCAAUCACUUUCAAUAUUACCAAUUCAAAUAGUUGUAGACCUAUUAAAAAUGGUAGUUUAUAAAGUCGAUACAAUUGUUGCUUGAAGAAAAAAAAUUGUCGAGUUUUUCUUUGUCAUAUAAAAAAAUGUCGGAUUUGUUUGUUUUUUCAUUUAACAUAAUAUUUGCUUAGUUUAUUUUAAAACAUUCUAGAUCUUAUGUACAUUAUAGAUCUUAGUUUAGUUUCCCCAAAAUUGUAUUUUCAGUCAUACUUUUAUGUAUAAUAAUAUGAAAAUUACACAAUUACCGAAUUCACGAGUAUCAUUAAUGUGUUGAAUAAUUGAAGUUAAACAUAUUUUUAAAUGCUUACGGCUGCUUUAUUAUGCUUAAGAUAUUAUAUUUUUAUUACAGGUGAGUGUCUUAUUUUUAUGUAUAUCUUUUCUAAAUCUUUUAAUUAAUAAAUUCAAACAAGGAAGCUUAGCUUUAGUUUUUUACACAAUUACAUUUCGUAUCUUGCGUCUGUUUAAAUUGUUGCUUUCCUGUUUAUAGCCCGACGAUGAUGUUCUAUCGAUCAAUCAAAUAAUUUCCCGACAAUCGGUUGACCACAACAUCGUUUCUGAACAGCUCCUGCGGCUUGCACAUAAAAGCCCGCAUUAGCAUUUUGCUACAAUUGUGAUCCGUGUGCUGGUAUGAGCCGUUCGCGUUAGAUUGUUCGUUGUUCGUGAUGGUUCUGGUGCGUGCGGACGGCCUGUUCGUGCGGCCGGGUUGGCGCGCCAGUUCAUCGUUUAGGUGCAGCGCGGGCGCACAUCCGAAGAGGUCGCAUCGGUGCGUGGUUGCGCGGUCACAGUGACCCCAUGCUGCCUCGCUGGCACGAAAUAUAAAUUAACUCUGCAGUGUUAUUAAACGAUUGUUUUAAAUACAAAUAAGGAACAUCGUAGUGUGUGGUGUUUGCAUAGACGUUCUGUUUCAUAAUACGUGUGAGUGCUUCUUUUAGGUCGAACAAGAAGGACACAAAACAUGUGACGAUCCACGAUCGACUUUGUAAUAAAGCAUUUCGAUAGAGCUGCGUGUUGCGUGUGAGGAAUCACCAUGCACACCAUGGACACAAUGGGCUACGGCCACAAGAAGUAUCGGCCCCCAAUCUCCCCGAACACCUUCUAUCAGCACGACUACUACUCCAGACAUACCACGCUCCGUCCUCAGAGCGAGUACAGAUUCGCAGGUAGUGGGUACCCGCGUGUCGCGCCUACUACCCGUAGUGGAGGUUUGUGUUCAGCGGCGCUAGUGGGAGGCGCUUUGCUAGCUGCUGUUGCUGUGUUGGCCGUCGCAGCUCUAGCUUUUUACAUGGGAGCUUUAAAACCAGAUAGCGGAGAGCCAAUCAUAGCUUUUGAGGGCACAUUACGAGUGACACGUGGAGAUGUGUACGGCGGGGCGCCCGGUAGUCCGGCGUGGCGGGAGCGAGCCCGACGGUACAGUGCAUCAUUGCGACAAGUAUUCUCGGGACCUUCACCCCUCCGUCAGGCCUUCACUGGGGCACUAGUGACAGGCUUCGGUGAUCGACGACUUGAUGUACAUUUCAGACUGUAUCUCGAUAGAAGGAAAAUACCAAGUUCUGUAUCGAACGUGGAAGAAACCUUAAAAAAUUUGAUACUUCAGGACAUCAACACAAAGAACUCAGCUUUUGGACAAAUCAGGGUAGAUCCGACAAGUAUAGUGAUCAAGCGGGAUUUAGAACAUACAUAUCAAUCAGAGUCACAUGUCAAAGAAGCUUUAAGUGAAAGCAUGGAAACAAAUCACCAAAAAACAUUAACACCACAAAACAACCAAAGUAGCAAAGACAAAACUUUGCAAUCUAGAGUGGGUGUCGUUCGUAAAACUACUGUAAAGCCUAAUCAGACAACUAAGAAAACUGAUCCGGAUGAACCGGACAUAGACACAGAGAACAUACCAGUUGUACAAGGAACAUUUCAAAUCACGAAAACAGAGGCUGAUAUAACGGAAAAUAAACACAGUUCUAGUCCGAGACAUGAAGAUAAACAUAAGCCGGCAACAACUACAAAAGUGACUACAACAACUAAAUCACCAACUACAAAACCGACUACAAGAACUACUACUAAAAGGCCAAUUACGAGUACAGCAAAAACUAGGCCGUUCACAAUAAAAUCGACUCUUAACGUUAAACCAAGAACUGAGCCUUCACUAAGAAAAGACACGACUACAACUAAAAUUAAAACAACGUCAACAUCAACAACUUCGACAUCAACAAUGGGAACACCAACAACAACCACUAAUGUAUCACAAAUUUUACUUGAUCUUUUAACAAAUGAAAACCACUAUAAAGACUUGCCUAAAAUUGAUACACUAUUUACUGUUCCACAUGUUAUCGAUAAUGAACCAUGGAGACCAAUAACCCAGCCCUAUUUCGAUUCUACCCCUAAGGCAUCGCCAAAAUUCGAAAUUCCAGAUGAACUUAACGCUGAGGAUAGAAUGGGAGUCGCUGAAGUCGUGGAUGACGUUUCUAUUCUGGAAAGUAUGCUUACUCCAAUUCCACCAGUUCAAAAAAGACUGACAACUACACGCCGCCCUGGAUUAUACAACGUUAAUCCGGGCUUAGAAGCCGAGGUGUACGCCCCUAGUCCGGUUUAUACCAGUUUUACCCUUCCCACUUUUGCUCCACCUUUAAAGAACAUGGAAACCUUAGGAUCAAAAUACCCAAAACCACAUCCUAUACCUGUUGAUAAAAUCGGUAGCGUAGUUGAAGCAACAGCUGAACAAGACCCUAGCAAGAUGGAUGACGGUAAACCAGUUGAAAGACCACCUAAAGAUAAAACAGCUUCGGCUGUCUUAAGUGUUUUACAGUUUGCUCAACAAGAAAAUACAGAGAGAGUUUCCGUCGAUGGUGCGUCUAUCAUAAAAAGAAAUAAUACUACUACAUAUCCUGUAACAACAACAGCCACCUCGACGACCAGGUCCUCUACUGCAAGCACUCCUAAGUCUACUUCAGAAUCAAUCACGUUUGUUACAAAAGUCGUCAACACUACUGUUACAACGACUGCCACAACUUUUGUAGAUAAAAAACAUCAUGAAACUAAAGAAAAUACAACGAAACGUCCUAAUGACAAAGUAUCAAUGAUACCCAGUACAACUGUUCCGCAUCACACCUGGGAAUUAGUCAACACUUCUACUAAUGAUAACGACACGUUUAGUAAAACUUCACCUGAAAAAUAUUAUAAUGAUACUUUACAAGCUAUAAUAACGAAAAACGAAGCUGUAUUUCCGAACACAACGCCAAAAUUUUCCGGCAAGGUUUCACUAUUAAAAAAUUUAACAGAUAUUAUUAAAAAGUAUUCACAAAUAUCAACAACAGAAAAUAGUACAAAAUUGGAAGAAAGCGAAACUGAAGAGGAAGAGGAACUAGAAUUUACUAAAAUGAGGGGCUCUGUAGAAGUAGUACCGGAUUAUGAAAUGGAAAUUACUACUACUAAUGUAAUAACAUUACUUCCUGCGAAAUCUAAUCUAGGCGUAAACAGACCAUUGAGGCCAAGGCCUAAAAUCAAACCCGAAUUGAAAACUAACAAGGACAAUUCACGUGGUUUUUUUCGUGAAAACAUAGAACCACAAAAACUUGUUAGUAGUUUGAAUGAAGAAUAUUACAAAGAAAAUGAAAAUUUAAAUGAUGAUGGAUCUGAAUUCAUUGAUACUAAAAAAACUGAAAAUAGUUAUCCCACGGAAUUAAAUCAUUUGACAGAUUCAAAGAACCUUACAGGAAUUAUAGAAGCAAUAGAAGCAGCUGAAAGUUCAACAAACAGCAACAGACUUCCUAAAUCCAACGAUGACAUACAUUUACCAGAUGGAAACAUAAAUACUGAUUUACCUGAAGGCACUUAUAGGGUCUCUUACCAUGUAACAGGCAGUGUCAGUAGUAAACAAGCCAAUAAAACACAAAAUCUACCUGCGUAUGAAUUGAAGUUGGAGCCAGACAUAGUUCUGGAAAUACCCGUAAAUCAAACAAAUUCUUUAUCGGUCGAAAAAUUAAAACAACUUGCUAAUUUAGCUACAAUUUCUGAUUCCAACAAUAAUACUUUAUUUCGUUCACCCGGAGGUGUGAUCUCGACGAAAGCGAUUCCUUCUAGCUACACAUUAAACCAAGCUGGAUUUCAAAUAUUGACGAAAACUUUCAACAAAGCUCAAUCCACAAAACAAGAUGAAAACAAACUUGGAAAACCGGACAAGGCUUUCGGCAAGCCUUCUAAGGAUAAUAACGUUUACUUUGUCAAGGAAGUAAUUGAAGAAGAAGAAUGUAAUAAUUUAACAUCAUUUCAAUGCGUAAACGGUCCUUGCCUGCCGUUAACUUCACGUUGCAAUCGAUUGCUAGAUUGCCCUCAAGGGGAAGACGAGAGAUCAUGUACUUGUGCAGACUAUUUGAAGGCCGAGUACUCACAGUCUAAGAUAUGUGACGGCGUUGUUGAUUGUUGGGAUUAUUCUGAUGAAAAUAAAUGCGAUUGGUGCAAAGAAGAACAAUAUGUUUGUGCUAAUUCCCGUCAAUGUAUUGAUAUGAUCAAAGUUUGUGAUGGAACACCUGACUGUCCUCUAGGAGAUGAUGAGAAGAGUUGCGUUACGUUAGCGGACGAGCUAGAAAAUAAUGAAGUCAUUCCGUACAACGAGGAAGGUUAUGUCAUGGUGCGGAAACGUGGCGUAUGGGGUAGACUCUGUGUAGAAAGUUUUACCGAUGUGGUUGAGCAGGCGCACAGCUCACUAAAAUUGCCAGACCUCGGUCGGGCGGUGUGUCGAGCUAUGACGUACAACGAUGCGGGUUGGGCCCGCGAAGCUCGCGAGGGUCGCAAGGCGAGUCCGCACGGCUACUGGGAGGUGUGGCACAACGCGGGGGCCCGCGCAGCAGACACGCGGCUCACGUUCCGUCGGUCCGCAUGCAAGCGACGGAAGGCAUUGCGAGUACGCUGCACAGACUUAGACUGCGGAAUACGACCACACGCUGAUGCUCAGCAACCAAGGGAUGUAACGGAAUGGGUGCGCCGGAGCAGGGUGGUGGGAGGCGAUGCAGCAGUAGCCGGCGCCUGGCCGUGGCAGGCGGCUCUCUACAGGGACGGCGACUUCCAAUGUGGAGCCACUCUCAUACACCCGCAGUGGUUACUCUCAGCCAGCCACUGUUUCUACCAAGCCACAGAAGCGCACUGGGUGGCGCGACUGGGCGCGUUGCGGCGGGGGGCGUGGCCUCGGGGGCCGUGGGAGCGGGUGUCGCGCGUGGUGCAGGUUGUGACGCACCCCAAGUACAUGUCGCGCGGGUUCCGGAACGACAUCGCGCUGUUGCGGCUGGAGCGCGGCGCCAUGCACGCACGGCUCCGACCCGCCUGCCUGCCGCCGGCGUACCACAUGCCGCCCCCCGGACGACACUGCACGGUCGUCGGCUGGGGGCAAUUGUACGAGCACGAACGAGUUUUCCCGGACACCCUGCAAGAGGUGGAGUUACCGGUGAUAUCGAGCGCGGAGUGCCGGCGUCGCACGCGCUUGCUCCCCUUGUACAGAGUCACCGACGACAUGUUCUGCGCCGGAUACGACCGCGGCGGCCGCGACGCUUGUCUCGGGGAUUCGGGGGGACCACUAAUGUGUCAGGAAUCCGGAAGAUGGUAUAUCUACGGUGUGACCAGCAACGGAUACGGUUGCGCUCGGGCGAAUCGCCCGGGCGUCUACACCAAAGUCUCAAACUACAUCGACUGGAUCGACUCGGUGAUCGCUACCAACACUCCAGCGCACAACGACACCGAACUCGACGAGAACGAAUCGAACGAGGAGUUCUACGCGGACUUAGAAGUCGCAGAGAACCGGCGACAUAGAGUAGACACUUGCAGAGGGCACAGGUGUCCCCUCGGCGAGUGCCUGCCGCCGUCGAGCGUGUGCAACGGGUUUCUAGAAUGUUCUGACGGCAGCGACGAAUGGCAAUGCAGCAAGCCCCUAAACAACACUAGCUUAGAUCCCGAUUAAAACGAACGACUUAGGAUAAGCCAGUACUUACGUAGAGUAUAUUCUCAUUCGACUGAUAUUUUGUAAGUUUGUGUUUUAGCGUUAAUUGGCAAACCAUAGCAACAAUAGAUGUAUAACAUAUUUACACUUACCACUUUUUCUAUGCCAUAUAAAACUGUGCGUCUGUUGGGCCGUUUGUAUAUAUAGUUUAGUUUGCGUCCAGUUUUAUUGUACUAUUCAAUUAUUAUUUAUAUUAGAGUAUCCUUGUCCGUGUGAGUCUCAAUGUCGGCAGCACACUCGGUGAGAUUCAAAUGGACGACCACAAUCACGAUAAUAAACUCGUUCAAUUAUUGAA